CCCAAGUUCAUGAUUCAUAGUCAGCACACUUGCCUUUGGCUUUUACAAAGAAAACACAAUGAAUGUAUUUCUAGAACUUCUACUCUUGCUGCUCACGCUGAUAUAUUCAUAUUUGGAAUCCUUUGUAAAGCUGUUUAUACCUGCAAAGAGAAAAUCUGUGAGUGGAGAAAUCGUCCUGAUCACUGGUGCUGGUCAUGGCAUAGGAAGGGACACAGCAACAGAAUUUGCAAAGCUCCAAAGUGUGCUGGUUUUGUGGGAUAUUAAUAAGAACGGUUUGAAGGAAACUGCUUCAGAGUGCAGAACGAUUGGAGCAAAAGUUUAUACAUAUGUGGUGGACUGCAGCAAACGGGAAGAAAUUCAUGCAGCAGCAGACAAGGUAAAACAAGAUGUUGGAGACAUCGAUAUCCUCAUUAACAAUGCAGGGGUUGUUUUCUGUGCCGACCUGCUUACACUCCAGGAUAACCAAAUCCAAAAAAUAUUUGACGUGAACAUUCUCGCUCAUUUUUGGACCACAAGAGCUUUCCUCCCUUCAAUGAUAAGGAACAACCAUGGACAUAUUGCUACUGUGGCUUCAUCAGCUGGACUUUUGGGUGUUCCGUUCUUAGUGGAUUAUUGUUCCACUAAGUUUGCUGCAGUUGGGUAUCACAAGGCACUAACCGCAGAGCUAGCCGCCCUAGAAAAAAAUGGAAUCAACACUACAUGUCUAUGCCCAGUAUUUGUCAACACUGGCUUUGUAAAAAAUCCAAGCACAAGAUUAUCUCCUGUAUUGGAGCCAGAAUAUGUUGCCAGGAAACUGGUAGAUGGCAUCCUCACCAACAAGAAGAUGGUUGUUCUACCUCCCUUUGUAAACAUGUCACUUGUUUUGGAGCUAUUUCUUCCAGAACGUGCUUUGAAAGCCUUAAGCAAAUUCCAUCAGGUGAAAUUUGACGCCAAAAUUUGUGGGAUGGACAAAGACAAAUAGAAGUGCUCUACAGGACCAAUACUGAACAAGUGUUUAUUCUCUCUUGCCUCUCUUUUAUCUCCUCUUUCCUCUCCACUCUUUUGUCACAUCUCUCUCAUUUCUUUUCUCUCCUCUCUUUCUACUAAACAUUCUAAAGGUGUUCUGUAGAACCAUGCCCAUCGCCAUAAACUGACCACAUGCCCAUGAAACAGUUUGACAAAAGAUGGUAAUUCUACACAUUCAAUAAACAUACUAUGUUUUUUUUUGUGCCAAACAAAA